AUGUCCAAAGCCAUCAUGAAGAUGAGUCAAACAUCAAAAUCUCUCAAAAACAAGAUCUUGAUUCCAUCCACGAUUCAUACUAGUUCUCCUUCUGCUGUCUGUUAUUCGACGACAACGACUAGUAGUAGUAAUGGCAGCAGAGGUUUCAAAUUCUCAAAACGUUAUCCUCUCACUCCGAGUGAGAAGAUCAUCAAAUAUGUCAUUGGUGAGAAGGGAAAGAACAUCAAUGAAAUUCAACAAAGGUCUCAAUGUCGAGUGAGUAUUGAAGAAAAUAGUCGAGGUGUUGUGAUUGGAGGAGAGAAUGAACAAAGUGUCCAAUUCGCUUGGAAUUUAAUUGAAGAGACUUUGCGUGAUUUUGGAUGGAGAUUUGAUCGCCAACGACAAACGUUUUAUGAAAUUCAAUCAGAAGCGCAAAAACUCUUUGCUGAGCUUGAGAAAAACAUUGAAAAAGAGGCGUCUCUCAUGGCAGAAUGCUUUUCCAAGUCACAAAAAGCCUUCAAACAAGACAAAAAAGAGGAAGCAAAAGCUUUAAGUGAAGAAGGCAAAAAACAUCAAGAAUUAAUGCAAAAGUACCAAAACCAAUCUUCGGAGGAAAUGCUGAAAUUCAUUAAUAAGAAUAAUCCCGUAGAUGUUUUGGAUCUGCAUUGCCAAUAUUCUCAAUUUGUUCUGGAUAUUGUGAUACAUCGAAUGAGUGAGCUUAAAAAGAAGGGUUGCAAGCAAUUUACAAUUGUUCAUGGAGCAGGAAGUCACUCCGAUAAGCGAGGACCAAAAAUCAAACCAAUCAUUAUAAAUUAUUUGAAGAAUAACCGUGUGGAUUUUGAAGAGGUCAAUAGUGGUCAAAUCCGAGUGACUCUUUGUAAAUGA